GUUAGCUACCUGGACCUGGCACAUAUUCCAAAGAACGUCUCCAUGGUGUUACGUAGACUCUUGAGGAAGCGUUGGGUCUUGGGGGUUGUUUUUGGAUUGUCCCUGAUCUACUUUCUCACCAGUACAUUAAAGCGGGAGGAGCGGACCAUCGGAGACCGGACCCUCUUGGAAUUGAGGGACUCCGAUCAUCACAUUCCAUGGAAGGUCCGAUUCAAUUUGGGCAAUAGCAGCAGACAGAUAACACAAUGCAGGAAUUCUAUACAGGGCAAGAUUCUCCUCACAGACGAAUUAGUACUGGACCUCUUACAGUGGUGUUUGUCUACAGGUUAUGUAUGUGAGCGAAAGGACAUGUUGGUGAAUGGCUGCUGUAACGUAAAUGCACCUAGUUCACGCCAGUACAUUUGCAAAACCUGCCUGGCCAAUGGAUGCUGCAGCAUCUAUGAAUACUGUGUAUCUUGUUGCCUUCAACCUGACAAGCAACCUCUUCUGGAGCACUUUCUCAACCGGGCUGCAGAGGGGUUUCAGAACCUUUUCACAGCAGUGGAAGAUCACUUUGAGCUUUGCCUAGCCAAGUGCAGGACUUCUUCACAAAGUGUUCAGCAUGAAAACACGUACAGGAAUCCACAAGCCAAAUACUGCUAUGGAGAAAGCCCACCAGAGCUUCUGCCAAUAUGACAGAUUUUGGCACUUCUCCAUCUGUGGCUUUCAAAUAUCCAACGGAAUAAUGAAGGAGACUGGACGAAAACGUAACACACCAGUCAAGACUCAUGAUACACUAUGAAGCCUGGGCCUCUAUUGCUAGUCAAAUUGAAACUUGACUGAACAUUGUAUCACAGCUCACCCUCCCCCACCCAUCCCUUUCCAUCUGCAGUAGGCGGGUGGGCUGAGGAAGUAAAAAAAAUCAUGUCUGAAAGUGUACACUUCAUAAGUGCAUAGACUGCUUUCUUACUUCAUCUGAGAUGACCCUCGUGUUUCGUUAGUACCCACAUAGCAGAUGGCCUGUGGGAAGAUCCAGGCUCAUGUUUGGCCCUGUUUAAAACCUUCGCAGUCAGUGGCUGACUGGGUUGCAUUGUUGUCAUUUAUGUUUUCUUACAUCAUUUCAUGAGAUGCUUUUUUUUUUCUUUUGCGUGUUAAACUGAUGAAACCAUACUAAACAAAUGAGUUUGUUAUUGCCCUAUGGGAGAUUAUUGCAAACUACACAAACAAUGGCCAUAUGUAACAAAUACAGUAGCUAGUAGAACAUGUAGUCAUUUUUUAUUUAAUAAAGAAACUGUGACUGAUCCAUUCA